UAAGAAAAAGCAAAAAAAGGAAAAAAAUAGGGAGUGAAAAAAAAAAACCCCAAAAGAAAGAAAUCUCCUUCUCUCUCUCGAUCCCGUCUCGUCUCGUCAGUCUGCACCCGGUUGCCUCCCCGCCGCUCUCCUCUCCGGUCUACUCCUCCGCCGUCGCCGUCGGCACCGCCGCCGGAGCUCCUCCCUGCUCCCUCUACUGGGUUGGCGGGGAGUGGAUCGGGGAUCUGCACGCAGGGGCCGAUUUCUUCUCUUCGUAAGGAGUAGAUAACACAGAAUAGUUGAAGAUGAGCAGCAUAGGCACAGGAUACGAUCUGUCCGUUACCACCUUCUCUCCGGAUGGUCGCGUCUUCCAGGUUGAGUAUGCCACGAAGGCUGUCGACAACAGCGGGACUGUUGUUGGAAUCAAAUGCAAAGAUGGAAUCGUCCUGGGUGUGGAGAAGCUAGUAACUUCGAAGAUGAUGCUGGAGGGAUCUAAUAGGAGGAUCCAUUCAGUGCACUGGCACUCUGGCUUGGCUGUUGCUGGUUUAGCUGCAGAUGGCAGGCAAAUUGUUUCAAGAGCAAAAUCGGAAGCGGCCAGUUAUGAGAAGGUCUAUGGUGAACCCAUUUCUGUAAAAGAAUUGGCUGAUCGUGUGGCUAGCUACGUUCAUCUUUGUACACUCUACUGGUGGCUCAGGCCUUUUGGUUGUGGAGUUAUUCUUGGAGGUUAUGAUAGGGAUGGGCCACAGCUCUACAUGAUCGAACCCUCAGGAGUCUCAUACAAAUACUUUGGUGCUGCUCUGGGUAAAGGAAGACAGGCUGCAAAAACUGAAAUAGAGAAGUUGAAGCUUUCCGAGCUUACCUGCCGGGAAGGCAUUGUGGAGGUUGCAAAGAUCAUUUAUGGAGUACAUGAUGAAGCUAAGGACAAAGCUUUUGAGUUGGAAUUAAGCUGGAUAUGUGAUGAAUCAAAUCGCCAGCAUCAGAAGGUUCCUGCUGAUCUUUUGGAGCAGGCCAAGGUUGCAGCUCAGGCAGCGCUUGAGGAGAUGGAUGCUGAUUAAGAGGAGACCCGACUAUGUUCUACGUUUGGCCACUGAUGAAAUCUUUGAUGUCAUUACUGGCACACAGGGACAUGGCCAUUCUGUCGGAUUUUAAAACUUCGCAUGUACUUAUGGUACUAAAUUCAUGGAAAGUUUGAUGCUGGACAGUGAAUGGAUAUCUGACUUUUGACUGAACUUGUCCCUUAAAUCUUGAUGAAUUGCUCGUUUCGCGUUUGCC